AUGCAGGCUGAACCUUCUGACGAUGUCGACGAUGAUUCGCUUUUCGGGUCACCGCCUCCUUCGCUAGGCAGAGCGUUAUCGUCGAGCACACUCCGCUCUACGUCGCAGCCAUCGCCUAGUGUGAUACAGCCUCCAAUAUAUCCGGCUACAAAGACGCGUCCCUCCUCGUCUGUGCCUGACCAGUCGUCCUGUGGACCUCGUCCAGCAUCGCAUGGCCAGCGUAAGCCACGACGGACAAGAGAGAAGUCCACAGCGUCUUCCCAAGCGUCGAGCACCCCGCGGCCGACACCUCCCCCAAUCCCGCUACCAGGUCCUGACGAGCCUACUCCGCCGAACUUCCUGCGAAACCAACAGGCACUACUCGGCCUUGCAGGCCUUGUGGGUGGUGUGAACCCUGCACAGCUACAGCGGCAACCCCGAGGCUCUUCUUCUGGGAACCCCAUCGUUGUCGAAGACGUCCAAGAUGGACGUUCAGUCCUUUCUCGCAUGUCAGCGGAGCAGCCUUCACUUUCGAGACGGCCGUACCUUUCCCCUGUCGAUCCUACGCAGCUUCCGCAACCCCCAGGUGAAGACAUUCUCACGACCCUUGUACGGCAAAAAAACAUAUUCCCUGUUGUUGAAUCUCUCCUAAGGUUGCUCUCUUCCGGUGCGUCUCCCCCACAUGCAUCGCAAUAUCCCGUGCGUACGGGAUGGGAGAAGACUCCACCGAAUGCCCCUCCGUUGAAGCGCCGCAAACUCCGCACAGUACCUGCGGGUGCCGCCGACUGGGAUGUCCCCUACCCAUUUCAAGCCGGUCAAGGUCCAGCAGAAUACCAGGCUCACUGGGAGCGCGAGCGCGCGCGCCAGCUUCUUGCAGAUCUUGUGAGCGUCUUACAGAGCGCUACAAAGAAGGCUGCGAUGAAGACGUACGUUCAGCAACAUCAGACUGCCAUUGACAAGAAGCGGCGAUGGGACGAAGAAGAGAAGGUUUGGGGUCAUUAUAGGCCGGCGACACUGUCGUAUGGCUUGGAGGGAGCGCAGCUACCGCGUCAGGGCCAGGCACAGUCGACAACGAAGACGACGUUUCGAACCAGAGAUCCCGCUGUACGUGGAGGCGAUGAUGUCGCAGGACGGAUCGGAGAUGGUAUACGACUGGAGGGCGCAGCUGCCUCUACGUCGCAGCCGAUGACACCGUUCGACCAGCUGGUCGCAUCCUUACUUUCUGCAUCGCAACUGCCUCAACACUCGGGUGCCAGCGUGGACUCACAAGUGUCUUCUUCCGUCUCAGAAAAUACCCCGCCGGACUUCGACGGUUGGAUCUCACUACUCACGUCCGUUCCCCCGGGCGAUCCAAACGGAAUUGCAGUCAGUGCUUACCCCUAUGAUACCCAGAAUCCCCUCCAGUCUGCUCUUGGUUCACUUCCUUCAUCUUCGACAUCUGUUCAGUCACAAAUUCAACCGAGUCAGUCACAGCGUAUACCGGAUUUCCUCAUCGACCCUGAACUUCUGGCCCUUCCAUCUACCACAGUUAUACCUUCCGCGUCGAUUCCAUCAGCGACAGAGACUCAGCAAAGCGCUGACCCGCCACCAACACCGGCGCUCACCAGUACCAACUCCCCUGUGACCUCAACGAGUUCCUUGCCAGACGCAAGUCCUUGCCCGCCUACACCAGAGUGGGCAUGGGCGUUCGCAGAACCGGACGUUACGGAGGCGAUGGCGGAGUCGUUUGCGGAGCUAGACAUGGCGAUGGCUCUAGAUAGGGAAACGAUUGGAAACGAGCAAGGACCGGAUCCCAUAGCAGAUAAGACUAGGAUGGACGUUCUGGAAGAUGUGGAGAAGUCGGUCUCUACAACGGCGCCCUUUCAGGGUAUUUUACAUCUCCCGAGCGCGAACCUUGUUCAGGACUCAACAUCUUCCACGAUUGCCAUGCAACAUCCCGCUUUGAAUCCACAGCUUCCGGUAUCUCAACAGUCGUCAACUUCACCAUCUGCUCAUACUCAUGCUCACUCACCACCGUCUUCCACUUUGCAUACGAACUUUCGCAUGCUUACCCAACCUUCUUUGCCGUGCACACAGCCAAAGCUUACGUCGUCUUACUAUCGGCCGUCUGUCAUGGUCCCAGCAAGAUCAACAUCGACCUCCGCACCUCUAGAUUCAAAGGCCGCGCGCUUGGCCCUUCUUGCGCGCGCACGCGCCCUACGCAGUGCGUUGGCGACUGAGGCGGAACGCGCAAAGGUGGAACUGUGGGAGACGACGGUGGAACAGGGUGUGCUAGGCAAUCUUGUGAAGGGUGAGAGGUAG